AUGGCGGAAUCUGAGAGACCCCACCGUUCAUCGAGUAUUAACAGCAGCAACAACGCAGCUGCAACUUCUUCUUCAUCAACAGAUCUAUUCAUUUGUUUCACAUCUCGUUUCUCUUCUUCUUCCUCCAUGCGUUUAUCUUCUCUAAGCCCAGCUCGCUCAGCUUGUCUCACCACUUCUCUAAGCCGUCGUCUCCGUACGAGCGGGAGCUUGAAGAACGGAGUUUUGAACUCUCCGAUGUUUGGUGUUAAUGGAAGGAAGAGAUCUGGAUCUGUUAGGGUUAAGACUAGGAAGCAUGUGAAGAAGAAGAUGCGAGCUAGAUCUAGGAGGAAAAAUGGUGAUACGAGUUUCAGAAGAAACUCCGGCGACCAAAACGACGGUGGUGGAUGUCGUUUCGACGCGAGUGAGAAUCGGUGGGUUCAUCUUCCGGUGACUAUCUGUGAGUCGUUGAGAGCGUUUGGGUCAGAGCUCAACUGUUUCUUCCCUUGUAGAUCUUCCUGUACGGAUAAUACUCAUCACAACAGAGAUCGAGAUGGGAGGAGAGUUGAAAAUCACGAUGGAGACGGAUGCGGCGGCGGAAAUUCAUGCGGUGCGGUUUUUACGAGGUGGUUUGUGGCGGUGGAGGAGACGCCGGGAGGGAAGAGAAGGGAGAUUGAGCUUGUGGGCUCGAUUUAA